CCGUGUCAACGCCCCGGCAGCGGGGCCGGGCCGGGCGGCGGGCUCUAAUCCGGUUAGGGGGGAUUAGCGUGCAGGUUUAAAGGCCGGAGCGGCGCGGGGAAGGGGUGCAGGAGCGCCGGAGAGAAAGCGGCCGCCGCCGAGCAGCGGGGCACCUCGGCCGGCAGCGUGUGACGCGCUUCGGCAGUGUAAACGAUGCCAGCCAUCAACAUCGAGGACCUGAGCGAGAAGGACAAACUGAAAAUGGAAGUGGAGCAGCUCCGGAAAGAAGUGAAGCUGGAAAGGCAGCCGGUGUCCAAAUGCUCCGAAGAGAUCAAGAACUACAUCGAGGAGCGGUCGGGAGAGGACCCGCUGGUGAAGGGGGUUCCCGAGGACAAGAACCCCUUCAAGGAGAAGGGAGGCUGUGUCAUCGCUUAGGAGAAGGGACCCCGCGCCUGCCCCUGGAGCAGACAUUCCUCCCGUACCCUUAGGGAGUCACUAGCGUAUUCCCACCGCCGCCGGCCCGUGUCGAACGAGCGCAGGAACGGAUUUCUUUUUAUUUUCUAUUUCUCCUUACAAAAAUAUAGAACCCCUCACGAAAGCUGCCGAGCCCCGCGCCGGCCGCUGGGCAGGGCCGGCUGUGGCCCGCCGGCCCCUGUGGCUGUCCGGGGCCCGCUCGCCACCCGCUUGUCGGUCGCUUCAUGGCUGUUCGUUGGCAUUAAAGAAAACCUGCCCGUAA